AUGCUGCAGCGGGCGGCGAGCAAUGCCUACUCAUGGUGGUGGGCGAGCCAUGUCCGCACCAAGCAGUCCAAAUGGCUCGACAACAACCUCAAAGAUAUGGAAGAUAGGGUCAAGUGUAUUCUCUUCCUCCUUGGGGAGGAAGCUGAUUCCUUUGCCAAGAGGGCAGAAAUGUAUUACAAGCGACGACCAGAGGUGAUCAGUUCAGUGGAAGAAGCAUACCGGGCAUACAGGGCCCUUGCUGAACGCUAUGACCAUAUGUCAGGGGAGUUACACAAAGCAAACCAUACAAUUGCAUCUACCUUCCCUGAUCAGAUUCAGUAUUCAUUGCUAGAAGAGGAUGAUGACAAUCUCCCAAAAGCUUAUACCAAGGUCGAUCCUCGCAAAAUUCACAAGUCAACAGUGGAGGGACUAAUGAAGAAGAAGCAUAGAGAGAAAUCAAGACCAAAAGAUGGAGGAAAGAAGUCUGCAGUUCCAAUGAACAAGGAUAAUGCACAAGCUGAGAUCAGCAGGCUACAGAAAGAGAUAUUAGUCCUGCAGACGGAGAAAGAGUUCAUCAAAAGCUCUUACGAGAGUGGAAUUGCAAAAUACUGGGAUCUUGAGAAACAAAUUAACGAAAUGCAGGAAGAAGUUUGCUACUUCCAAGACGAGUUCAAUGAAAGUGCAGUGAUAGAGGAUGAUGAGGCCAGGGCUUUGAUGACAGCAACUGCUCUUAAAUCUUGUGAAGACGCCAUUAUCAAAAUGCAGGAGCAACAGAAGUCAUUUUUCAGCCAAGCAAUGAUUGAGUCCGCAAGAGUUAAGGUUUCUAGGGAGAAGCUGAAGGGUAUCAUGAGAGUACAUGGUAAAUCUCUAUCAUAUUCAGGAAAUUCUGCAGAUGAGAAUGUUAAAACCGAUGCCGGUGCUAGGAGAGAUGAAUUGUUCUCCAUGAAGCAGGAGAAAUUUGAACUGCAAGAACUAGUAGAAAAGAUCAAGGGAUACUUUGAGAUGGACUCUGAUCUUUCUGUGGUAGAGAUUGCAGAGAAAAUUGAUGAACUAGUUAACAAAGUUGUUGAUUUGGAGCUCAUGAUUUCAACACAGACUGCACAGAUAAAUAGGCUGUGUCUAGAAAACAAUGAGCUGGAGAAGUCAUUGCAGAAAUUGGAGGAAGAGGAGACAGAACAAAAUGACUCAGUGAAUUAA